CUGAAUUAUCGUCACUAACUUAUAAAGGUUAUGUCACAUCGGCCAGUUCUUCACGAUGGCUUCUGUGCGGCUUUUUGCGCAAAUUGCACCCAGCUUAUUACGGGCAAGUCGAGGUGCGACAGUUUCACAAACGAUUCGGAAUAAAUAUAUUUUUGUGAACCCGUUCAACAAACCAAAGACAGAACUUAUAGACGACGUAGGCAAUUACCUGUUUCUCACAGAACUUGUACGAGGGAUGGGUGUAACUCUCUCCCAUUUCUUUCGAGAACCUGCUACCAUCAAUUAUCCUUUUGAAAAAGGUCCCCUGAGUCCAAGAUUUCGGGGAGAACAUGCCUUAAGACGUUAUCCAUCUGGGGAAGAAAGAUGUAUUGCAUGCAAAUUAUGCGAGGCAAUCUGUCCAGCUCAGGCAAUUACAAUAGAAGCAGAAGAACGAGCAGAUGGUUCUAGACGUACAACAAGAUAUGACAUUGACAUGACUAAAUGCAUUUAUUGCGGUUUUUGUCAAGAGGCCUGUCCAGUAGAUGCUAUCGUUGAGGGUCCUAAUUUUGAAUUCUCAACGGAAACUCAUGAGGAACUACUAUAUAAUAAGGAGAAGCUCUUGAACAAUGGUGAUAAAUGGGAAUCGGAGAUUGCAACAAAUAUACAGGCAGAUCACCUUUAUCGUUAGUUAACUCCUGAAUUAGUCAACUUGUAAGUACCAACCCAUAAAUAAAGAUGUAUAUGGAAAGAUCAUGUUUGUAGCAAUGUGCAUAAAAUAUUUAGCACAUAUAUAUUCCGAUUUCGUUAUAAAAAAAUGUACUGAAAAUUGUUGAAUUCACAAUGACACUUCAAGUAUGAAAUUAAAUAAUAUAAUUUCCUUCCUCGA